AUGUUACAUCCAUACAGGCUACAGAGUAAUGUUCGGUUGUUCUCUACCAGAGGCUACGUACUUCAAAGAUUUCUCACUCCUAAGGAGCUAAUCUCCAAAACCAAGCAAGAACAACUUGAAAAUCAACAAUUCCAAUCUCAAUUACGCCAAAAUCAAUCACCUUACACCCCCAGAACGUUAAGUUCACAUACCACAUACCCUGAAAACAACAAACGUCCUAUCCCGCUCAAUGUUGAACUCUUACAAUACAAACCCUUGAGGUUACCACAAACAUACGGUGAUGAAGUGGCCACGUUACAUUUGAGAGGAUACGACGAUGAUGAUUUGAUCCGUAUGGGUGAAUUUGCAUUGCGCUCUGCUUACUACUUGGGUAUACCAAUGUCUAAAUUGACUUCUCUCAAGACUGAAAAGAGAUUAUAUACCGUGAUCAAGUCACCUUUUGCUCAGGCCAAGACAAAGCAAAAUUUCCAUCGUACUACGUAUAAUAAACUGUUGGUGGCUUAUGAUGCCAAUCCUGAAGUCGUUGAUUUGUGGUUGAGUUACGUGAAUAGGUACAAGUUGCAAAAUGUGGAUAUUAAAGCUACAAUUGUGGCGAGAGAAGGAUUGGAUUAUAAUCAAGAGUUGGCCAAGUUAGAGGAGUUUGAGUUGCCUCAAGCUUAUGAAGGUUUGGAAGAUCCAGUUGCUAGGAAAGUGAAGGAAUUGUUACAAUCAGAAGAGUUUAAGAAAACUUUAUAA